AUGGAUGAUGGAAGUCAGGAAUCGUUGAAGUUUGUUGAUUCGUGAGUUUUUUGGGGGUGGGAAACACACGUAAAAAGUAAUAAAAGCAAGUUUGCUCUAUCGCACAAGUGAUUUGUUUUUGAUUUGAGGAAAAUGGAUAAAAAAUAUAAUAAAAAAGUAAAAAAAAAAAAGACGCCACAUAAGAAUAAUAAAAACAUGCAAUGGUUAGAGUUAGAGAUGCAGAGUAAAUUAGGUGUAACUGCGGAGCAUCGUUUAAAAUCGAGCAAAAAAAUGAGGCAGAAUUUUAGUAAAUGUUAUUUUUUGAGCCUUAAAAGUUGCGAACUUGAUUGUUUAUUUGUUCAAAAACCAUUUUCAUAUUUAUUUUUCCAGACAAUCUGAUGACAUCGAAAUUGAGCGAGAAAUCCUGAUCCUUGAACGAGAUAUCCGACAGCAAAAAGAAUCAAGCCUCAACGCAAAAACCUCGAUAACUUUUGAUCAACUUCGAAAAAUCCACACAAUCUCGCAAUACUUGGGAGCCUUGAAGGAGCCAUUUUUUGACAGAAUUUGUCGAGCUGCUGAGAUCCAAAGAGCUUCCCUCAAAAAUCGAUUGAAGCAGAAUAAAGAGCGAUUCGAUCCGCCUUCGAAAUUGGGAGUUUUUGACUCGCAAAGCUCGCUGACUGAUAGUCAAUUUACCCUAACUCCAACUACAAUUCAUACAUUAUUGAAUACCUCAUCAUCAUCUUCAUGUUCUGGAUCUGGCUCAAUUCGUGAAGAGCCCCAGAACGAUCUAAGAUUCCCGCCGAAUCGACAAUUCGAUCUACUUUCGUUGGGAUUUUCGUAUUUUGAGUUGCGAGGAUUUCUGGAUGUUUUUGAGAAUUUUAAAAAUGAGAAUCCAGAAAUCUCAUCGAAAAAUCAAUUGAUUCCAUUGUUCUCGAACUAUGUUUCUAUCAAUUCACCGGAAAAUUUGAAGAAUAUUGGAAUGGCUUUCAAUUUAUUGGAACUUGGAAAUAGUGUGCAGGAUUUGAGGGGUUUGGUGAAGUUUGUGAGUUUUUCGGGAAUACUUUCCUAGUGGGUGCCCUAAUUAUAUCAGAUUAGUUCACUUUUCAAUUUUUCCAUCUUCAAACAUUUUUGAAACGUAUUAUUUUCGGGAUUUAAAUUUUUGAAAAUUCCCGGGUAGGAAUUGCGGAGCAUCGUUUGAGAAAAUUUGAAAAUUCAGCUUUUCCCACCUAAAAAGCCUCGCUGUAUUUGCGGCGCAUCGUUUAACAUCUAUGGCUAUGACUUGGCAAUAGAGGAGUUUUCAAAUAAAUAUUCUUCUAGGGAUGAACAUUAAAAACGUUUUUCUAGUUUUUCAUCUUCAAACAUUUUUGAAACGUAUUAUUUUUGGGAGAAUAGUUAGGAUUUAAAUUUCGAAAAUUCGCAGUUAACACUCUCGAUGUAAUUGCGGAGCAUGGUUUUAAAAAAAAUUAAAAUUAUUUUUAGCUCCAAGAUUUCAAAAUUCAAAUUUUUCAGCGCCCAAAUCAUCUUGAUUCCUCUGAUUCGACUAUCGAUGACGAUAUUUCGCCACCAAAACGUCGAAAAUUAUCACCAAAGAUCGAAGAGGAGGAAGAAGAAGUUGAAGAAUCUCAAGAAAAUCAGGAAGAAGAUCAGGAAUAG